AAGGAAUUCCUUUCUGUGUGGAUUUUAUAUUUCAUACAAUUUUGACAGGUCACACAACGAUAUGAAAACGAUAACAUGCAUACCCUGUUUAGGCAGGUUCCCUGCAGCUUUCCAUGAAUCGGGUUCGCGCAGGAUCACCUAUGCCACUUCCUUAUUAGCAUCGCAUGCAUCGACAUUGAAAUCCCGACCACAACCACUGACGCUACAGCAAAGACGGCACAUGACCGUAGAUCAAUUGGACUCUAACAAAGAUGACCGUGAACGAGUCGUCAUCUUGGGCAGUGGUUGGGGCGGGUACAUGGUAGCUAGACAGCUUGAUGCACGCAAAUACCAGGCCGUCAUUGUCUCUCCUCGAUCUUACUUUGCAUUCACGCCGCUGCUGGCUUCAACAUCCGUGGGCACUCUCGAGUUCCGCACAGCGCUGGAGCCUCUUAGGAGUAAGCGUAUUAAGGUCAAGUACUUGCAAGGGUUUGCGGACCAGAUUGAUUUCAGCAACAAGACAGUCACGAUUGAAGAGUCGGUGGAUGAUCCUAGUGUGACGUUGGCGCCUGAGAAGGGCCAGCAUGCGGGGGAGAGGAGAGAGCAACGGCCACAGGAGAGGAUUGAGCAGGCGAAGACGGGGAGACUCUUCAAUUUGACAUAUGACAAGCUCGUUAUUGCUGUAGGAUGCUAUAGUCAAACGUUCGGCACACCAGGAGUGAGCGACCAUGCAUUCUUUCUCAAAGAUGUCGGUGAUGCGAGAAGGAUCCGCAACAGAAUCCUAGCAUGCUUCGAGGCCGCCGCCCUCCCGACCACAUCUGACAAGAUGAGAAGACAACUCCUGAACUUUGCCGUUAUUGGCGGCGGGCCAACAGGCAUAGAAUUCUCCGCAGAGCUGCACGAUAUCAUCAACGAAGACCUGGCUCGCAUCUAUCCAGAGCUUAUUCCUUUCCACAAGAUCACAGUCUAUGAUGUGGCGGACAAGGUCCUCCCCAUGUUUGACGAGAAGCUAGCAAACUAUGCGAUGGACACCUUCAAGCGCGAAGGCAUAGCCAUCAAGACUAGGCACCAUGUUGAAGAGCUGAGACCAGGGGCACCUGGCGAGAAAGUCGAUUCGAAAUCAAACGACCACGCCUGCUACACCCUGAAAGUGAAAGAGGAGGGAGAGAUAGGCGUCGGGAUGGUAGUCUGGAGUACUGGAUUGAUGCAGAACCCUUUCGUUGCUAAGACUCUUGCAAAAGAGUUGGAUCCUUCACAAGGACGUCUUGGUUUGACCAGAUUGGGAUCAGACAGUGACGGCGCACUGCCGAAAUCCUGGCAUAUUAAGAGGGAUUGCAAGUCCGGCUCAUUCUUGACCGAUGAUCGCCUUCAGCUGAAGGUACAGGCCUCUGGCGAGGGGGAGAAAAGGCCUGAAGCCACCCUUCAAGGUGUCUACGUCCUCGGCGACUGUGCAGUUACGGAGGGUAGCCGAUAUCCCGCGACUGCGCAGGUAGCUUCGCAGAAGGCGAUCUGGCUGGCGAAGAGGCUUAACAAAGGUGACCUCGAGCAGUCCACAUUCACCUGGAAGAAUUUGGGUGUUAUGGCUUAUAUCGGCAACUGGAAGGCACUGCUCCAGGGCGGAGAAGGUGGAGGCAUAUCUGGCCGUACGGCAUGGCUGGUAUGGCGCGGUGCCUACCUCACUAAGAGCGUGAGUGUAAGAAAUAAGAUUCUUAUCCCGAUAUAUUGGUUCAUCAACUGGAUAUUCGGGCGAGACAUCAGUCGGUUCUAGGUCGUCACUCUAGCGAAAUGCUGGAACACAUUGUAGGAUAUGUUUAUAUAUGGAAGGGUUCAAGAGGCCACUUUAGAUUUAGACCACCGGUAGGUAUAAUAUUGGAAAAGCGUAUUUGAAUAGACUUUCGACUGGGCUUUGAUAUCAUUUCAAGUUCCUCUCUGUGGUAGUACUUCACUGCCAGAUCCAC